CCACACAUAACUUCUCAAUCUUCAAAUAGUUCGCCUCCAUUCAACCACUAUGUCCAUUCUCCUUGCACUGCCCACUUGCAAUGUUUCUCCACCGCUCAAGCCUCCAAAACAACUGAUAUCCUCAUUCCUCCCAUCAACACAUUCCAAACCAUCGGCAACUGUCCGCUUGCAAAAAAAAUCCUAUCGGCUUUUGAAUGGAUAAAUUGGGGGAUAGCAUUUCAAAAGUUGCAUCCACCCAUGACGAUCUGGUCGGCUACCCCGCAUUCACGAUUCAAGCCAUCCCCAGGAAUCCUUGUGAUAGCCCAGAUCUAAACGUCUCUGUACGGGGGGGGGGGGGGGGGGGGGGAAUCCUCAUCGGGUAUCCAGACCCGCGCAACAACUUCCUUUAUAGUACAAUUCUUUCUCCCGUGUGGGGUUACGCUACUUUCGGCCGAUAUAUCUCCACACUCCGCGUUCGGCUCCCAAACAAGAGAUAAAUCUGGGGAAAGGAAUGGGGGACGUCUGUGGGGGGAGAUGACGUUAAAAUCGAUACAGGAAAGUAUCAGGCCAUUUUGGGUGGGCUUUUUAUUGGACAAACGUGAGCGGAGAUCCAGUUGUGGUUGAACUGAUAUGGCGUCCGAAUGAUCACUGGCGAAUGAGAGCUGAUACGGAAUGGCUUGUAUUUUUCCCUCGUAUGCGUCUAUGCUUAUGGUACU